UCUUGAAUGAGACUUUAACCAGGAUCUCCUCUUCUUAAAUGCGAUGGACAAUGUUGCCACAGAAUGAGAUGAAGUGCUGGAAAAAAUCUAAUCCCUGAACAAGGAGUCUGUCUACAUGAGCAGAUGGUUUCAGGGGAAGAUCUCUGGCCCAGAGGCAGUCCGCAAGCUGCAACCAGCCCAGGACGGCCUAUUCCUGGUGCGGGAGUCGAUCCGACACCCCGGUGACUACGUGCUGUGUGUCAGCGUCUGUGGGGAAGUCAUCCACUACCGAGUGAUGUAUCAGGACAACAAGUUGACCAUUGACAACAAGCAGCAUUUCUACAACCUCAUUGACUUGAUAGAGUUCUACUCACACAACAAGGGUGCCAUUGCUCAAAUUCUACUGAAGCCAAAAGCAAAACAUGGAGCAAAGUCAGCUGAGAUGGAACUGACAAAAUCUGGAUGGCUGCUGGACUUCACCACACUGACAUUUGGACACAUUCUUGGAGAGGGCGAGUUUGGUGUUGUGUUCGAAGGCGAAUAUUUGGGCCAGAGGGUGGCGGUCAAGACCAUUAAGUGUGAUGUCACAGCUCAGGCCUUCCUGCAGGAGACCACAGUGAUGACGUGAGUCUGGACAUGUCCAUUCCUCUUUCAUGAGCAACAUUUAAAACUCACUUUGAUCCUACUAGAUACACUAAACCACAUCCAUUACGUUAAUACAUACUGCAAUCUUUCUUUAUUUUGAUUCCUGUACAUGUUUAUUUCCAGACUUCAUA